GGCAGAGAGCGGCAGAUGUCUCUCAAAUUAAGAGGUGUAGUUCAAUUGGUAGAACAUCGGCCUCCAGAUCCGAGAAUGUGGUUAUUUUCUAUGAAAGAUUUAAUAGUUUAUUUAGUGGCAGCCCCAACAGCCUUUGUGUUGGGAGUUGUUGUUGGCAUUCUUGUUUAUCGUUGUACAGUAAAAGUUCCAAAAACACCAAAAAAGAAAAAAGAAGAAUACGGAGCCGAAAGCAUUCAGGUUCUAGAAAAUAUUGAAGCAGUCCGCAAAAGACCGGGAAUGUAUAUUGGCUCCACGGACGAGCAAGGCUGA